AUGGCUAACGCAGCAUCCGUUACUUUCCUUACCCUUGCCGCAGGUGCACUAGGUUACUGUUUCUACUUUGACUACCAAAGAAGAAACAACCCGGAAUUCAGAAGAGCAAUUAAUGCAAAGAAGAGACAAGCACGUAAAGCUGAAAAACUGGAGAGGGAAGCAUCCAGAUUGGAGAAAACAAAAUUCUUGAAGCAAAAGUUGACAGAAUCCUUGUUAUCAAACCCAUUAAAUACUACCAAUAAGGAACAGACUUUCAUAGAUGAAGUCUCGAGGGCUGAAAAAUUGAGUGCAAUUGUUGGCAAGGAAGUUGAUGCUGCUAUCUAUUUCUACAGAGCUCUAUCUAUUUACCCUGACCCAACUGUCAUCUUGGACAUCUACCAAAAAUCCGUUCCGGCUGAUAUUUACGAAAUGAUUUUCCUAUUGACUGCCAUUUUCCCUCCUGCUAAUAUCACCAACCUUCUAAGUGAAUCUGUUUUGGAUGCAGAAUAA